UCGCCUCGCGCCCGCCCCGCCCCGCCCAGGCCUCGGUCUGUCCGCUGGGGGCGCGCGAAGUGCGUGGCGGGCGGCAGCGGCGACGGCGGCUGAGUGCGCGGGUCGCGUGGCGAUGCGUGGUUGCUAGGGGCGCCUGAGGCCGCCAGCUCGCCCUGCAGGCCGAGGGAGGAGGAGCGCGGAGCCGGCGCCGAGCCCAGGCGAAGCUGGAUCCCUUAGGUAAGGCCAGCUUAUUGGCUCCUAAGAUAAGUUCCUGCGGGCUGCUGAGUGGAGGGUCAGCUGAUGGUGGAUCCUUUGACCUUAGUCAAAGAGAGCUGACGGACUUCCAGGAUGCAGCUGGUACUACUCGAGGUGUGUGGCGUCUUCCCCGAGCCAGGCCAUGAGGCCAUGUGGCCAUGAUGUGGGCCUCUCGUGGCCUCAGCAUGAACAGGGCGCCACAGUGUCGGCCUCCGCCAGGGAAGCAGCCUCCAGCAGCCUGGGCCCUCAGCCGCAGUGCCUGCCCCGCCGCCUGAGGAACCUCUCUGAGGGCAAGGCCCGGCCUCGGGCCCAUCAGCGGGGGAAGCCCGUCUGGAAGCUGGAGAGUCCCGCGGGGACGGUGUCGGCAGGCCUGGCCCCAGCCCUCCUGGAGCUCCAAGGCCAGCCCGCCUAUUUCUUCUGCCCCGGUUCUCUAUGCAGCUCUGGGACCGCAGGCGUCCUCGCGGGCCACAGCAGCUCCUGUUGCCUGCACUCUCUGCCGUACCUGUUCAGCAGCACCCUGCUGUGUCGCCGCUCUGACGCCUGGCACAAACCAUCCCAGCAGCCGGAGUCUUUCUGCUUGCGUUCCAACUCAUCAGAAAAAACACCUUUUCCUCUCCCUCGAAAGAGCGUCCCUGUCAGUUUCACUGCCAGCAAAGCCGCGUCCUCCACGGCCUCGCCUGUGGCCCAGCCCAUGGCCCAGCCCGUGGCCCAGCCCGUGGCGGCCUCGCCUGCAGAUCUGUACCUUUCAGUGGCGGCAGCUGGGGAAAACCCUUCAAGGAAGAGCCUGGCCUGUGCCAUCUCAGGGAAGAUCCCGUCUGCGCUCUCCUCCUCCUUCAAACCCACGCUGAAUAACAAUUCCUUCAUGCGGCCAAAUAGCACUAGAGUGCCUUUCGCACAGGCCACAGAGGGCCUGAAGCCAGUAUCCUCCCCUCAGAUCCAGGCUGUCUCCUGGCAUCAUCUGGGGGGUACUGGAGACUGUGUGCCCCGACCUCUUGACCGUCAGGUGCCCAGGGGCUUUGGCAAUGUCCCGGAUGAUGCCACUGCCCAUGUCGCCUCAUCUACUCCUAGGUCCCUCAACACAUCCUCCACCAGUGUUGCCUGUUCGCAGUGUAACCAGUGUAACUUAGCCACAGUGGCGGAGCCGCAUGCCUGCGGCCUGGAGGAGAAUGCUGAGUCCCAGGCUCAGGCUAAAGAGGUUCGGUUCACAGAGGCCGUGAGGAGGUUGACUGCAAAAGGCUAUGAGAGGAUGCGGAAGCAAGGCUGCCAGUUGGAACAGUCUUGUUGUGUGAACCCUCACUUCCAGUGGAGCCUCCUCGGCAGGCACAGGCAGUGGAAACCUGUGGCAGGCCAGCCCCUUCCCCAGGGGAACACUGCGUCGGACAGUAGGGGCCCCCCGGGCACCUCGGACGCCUUGGGGCUGGACAGCACGAUCUUCUGUACCAGACGUAUCAGCAUUCACCUCCUUGCCUCACAUGCCAGUGGGCUCAGCCACAGCCCCGCCAGCACACCUGCAGGCGGCCUCCCGCUGCUGGGAGAAGACAAAUCUUUGGCUCCCUCUCCUCCCGCUCAGCCCCUCGGCAUAGCCAGUGUGGCCUCCCGCCUCUCUUCCAUCCAUCUGGGCCAGACUGAGGAGGAGGGGCCCGAGGGUGCCACGGAGCUGGACUUCCCUGCCAGGGACACUGGUUCAGCUAGUGACCUCCGGUCAGAACACUUUGAAACUGAAGAUGUAGAAGAACAACUACUGGAUGGUUUGGAAGACUCCUGUAGCCAGGAUGAGAACGAAGAAGAGGAGGGAGACUCAGAGUGCUCCUCAUUAAGUGCUAUCUCCCCUGGCGAGUCCGUGGCAAUGAUCUCUCGGAGCUGCCUGGAGGCUCUGACCAAACCCCUCUCCAAUCAUGAGAAAGUUGUCCGACCAGCCUUCAUCUACAGUCUCUUCCCCAACAGGCCCCCUACCAUCUAUUUUGGCACUCGGGACGAGAGAGUGGAGAAACUUCCCUGGGAGCAGAGGAAGCUGCUCCGCUGGAAGAUGAGCACAGUGACCCCCAACAUUGUCAGGCAGACCAUUGGACGGUCCCAUUUCAAAAUCAGCAAGAGGAAUGACGACUGGUUGGGCUGCUGGGGCCACCACAUGAAGUCUCCUAGCUUCCGAACUAUACGAGAGCAUCAGAAGCUGAACCACUUCCCAGGGUCAUUCCAGAUUGGGAGGAAGGAUCGGCUGUGGCGGAAUCUGUCCCGAAUGCAGAGCCGUUUUGGCAAGAAGGAGUUCAGCUUCUUCCCCCAGUCCUUUAUCCUGCCCCAGGACGCCAAGCUCCUGCGCAAAGCCUGGGAGAGCAGCAGCCGUCAGAAGUGGAUCGUGAAGCCACCAGCAUCUGCUCGUGGCAUUGGCAUCCAGGUCAUUCACAAGUGGAGUCAGCUCCCCAAGCGAAGGCCCCUCCUGGUGCAGAGGUACCUGCACAAGCCCUACCUCAUCAGCGGCAGCAAGUUUGAUCUGCGGAUCUAUGUUUACGUCACUUCCUACUACCCUCUUCGAGUUUACCUCUUUUCAGAUGGACUCGUCCGCUUUGCCAGCUGCAAGUAUUCCCCUUCCAUGAAGAGCCUUAGCAACAAGUUCAUGCACCUGACGAACUACAGCGUCAAUAAGAAGAAUGCUGAGUACCAGGCCAAUGCCGAUGAAACGGCCUGCCAGGGGCACAAAUGGGCACUGAAGGCCUUGUGGAGCUACCUGAGCCAGAAGGGAGUCAACAGUGAUGCCAUAUGGGAGAAGAUAAAGGAUGCUGUCGUCAAAACCAUCAUCUCGUCAGAGCCCUACGUGACCAACCUGCUCAAGAUGUAUGUGCGGUGCCCCUACAGCUGCCAUGAGCUGUUCGGUUUUGACAUCAUGCUGGACGAAAACCUUAAGCCCUGGGUCCUGGAAGUGAACAUUUCCCCAAGCCUGCACUCCAGCUCUCCACUGGACAUCAGCAUCAAAGGCCAGAUGAUCCGUGACCUCCUGAACUUGGCAGGGUUUGUCCUGCCCAACCCGGAGGAUGUCCUCUCCAGUUCCAGCAGCUCCAGCAGCUCCAGCCCCAGCCUGUCCAGCUCUCCCAGAGACAAGUGUCGAGUGGCCCCACAGCAUCUCACUGCGCAGAAGAUGAAGGAAGCCUAUUAUCUGACGCAGAAAAUCCCCGAUCAGGACUUCUACGCAUCUGUGCUGGAUGUCCUGACGCCAGAUGAUGUCCGAGUUCUGGUUGAGAUGGAGGAUGAGUUUUCUCGCCGUGGUCAAUUUGAACGAAUCUUUCCUUCUCGAAUCUCCUCUCGCUAUCUCCGCUUUUUUGAGCAGCCACGAUAUUUCAACAUUCUCACCACCCAGUGGGAACAGAAGUACCAUGGCAACAAGCUGAAAGGAGUGGAUCUGCUUCGGAGUUGGUGCUACAAAGGGUUCCACGUAGGAGUCGUCUCUGAUUCUGCCCCAGUGUGGGCUCUCCCAGUGUCACUUCUGACUGUUGCAAAGGAUGAUAGGACACUCAAUGCCUUACGCCAGUUGGAGACCGACAAGCUGGGCAAACACAGCUCCUCUGAGGGAAGCCCAGCAUCCUCUGAAGACGGGGCCACACCCAAACCCAGGAACGGCCAGACUGGCCCUAGCCCGGGAAGCCCAGUUCCUCGAAGCACAGCGAGGACACCAGCAAAGAGCCCAGCCUCCCCGCCCAGGCGCUACCUGUGACCAGCUACAGUGGGUGGACCUUGACACUUUGAUCGCCUACUUCCCAGGCCACCAGCUGCUGCGAGCCCACACCUGACCUGUGCACGGAACACCAGUGUCAGCUACCUCAGGGGAACCAACCUGCCGAUCUGCCUGAGCCACCACCCCUCCACGUUGCCCCUUAUCAGAGUAUUUUUAUUGAAGUGGUUGCAUUGUAGAGACGGGCGUCUGGAGGAACGGUGGUGAUGGGGCUGGCCCCUCCUGUCUCAGCUGAGAAGCCAGUGAUGGCCGUGCAGCCUUAUAAAGCAGGGUUUGGUUCCUACCUCCAGAGCCAUGUGUGCUUUGUUUCUGGCCUCGGUGCAGUGGUUGAGUGGAGCCCAAGAGGAGAGACCGCCGGAAGUCCUUUGUUCUUCAAUCAAGGGGUUUCCUCCGAGGGGCCUCAUUUCCUCAGGCCUCCUCUCCACACCCCUGCACGCUGUGCGCUUCCAGCAGGAUCCCGACUUCCUCAGUAGGGGGCAGAAGAGUCCAGAACAUGCUGAGCCCAUUUCCUGUCACUCCAGUGUCGGCUCUUUCAGGCACCCACCCAGCCCGUGGCGCUAGGGCUUUGUGUUCUGGCCCCGUCUCACUACCUGUUCAGCCUGCUAGACUUCCCUCACAGCUGUUACCUCUUCAGCUCCUGGCUUUCUGUGAGCUUUGUGAAUUUCCCCGGCCCCAGUGAAGAAGCCCGGAUAAUCGCAGUUGCCAUUAACUGUGCCCCUGCAUCAAAGGACACAGUGCUGGGGGAGGGUGGGAGGGGCUGAGGCUUCCCCACACCUGGGCUGGCAGCUCGGCGGGUGCGUUUCAGGGGCCAUCACUGUUGUAGGCUGGCCUUCCAGACGCCUGCUAAACUCUUGAACUGAAAGGAAUCUACCUCCCUCCCCAAGCCUAAGUAAACAGUGAGUGCUCAAUAAA